AUGCUGUUAACUAUAGCUUUUUCUUCGCAUUUUUCUCCUCAAAUUCCGCAGUACCGCUUUCGGUGUCAAUGCGGUAGUUUUUCUCCCGGAAAUGGUUUUCAAACGGAACGUGGUUUAGAGUUUGAUACCGGCGGCGCAUUUUACCGGCGAGAGAGUGCUACUGGGAGAGACCUCGGUGUGCUUGCUGCUUCAUUGCAGAAGAAGGAUAGUGGAAGCUUGCGUGUUCUUGAUGCUCUUUGUGGUUGUGGAAUUCGGUCGUUGAGGUAUUUGAAGGAAUCUGAAGCUGAUUUUGUUGCUGCUAAUGAUGGAAAUGAGUGUUAUGGGAGUAUCAUUGUGGAGAAUUUGAAUAGGGUUUGUGCGGAAGAGGAGAAGAGAUGGGUGGUUAGUCAUUUGGAAGCUAAUAGAGUUAUGACUGAGUAUUAUCUUCAGAAGAGUUUGUUUGAUUUUAUUGAUGUCGAUUCUUUUGGAAGUGAUUCUUCUUUCUUGAGGUCUGCUAUCAAUUGUUUGAAAUUUGGGGGGCUGCUUUAUGUCACUUCCACGGAUGGAUUCUCUUCUGGUGGCCACCGUCCUCAUCAUUCUUUAGCUGCUUAUGGAGCGUAUGUGCGUCCGAUGCCGUAUUCGAACGAGAUUGGUUUGCGAAUGCUUAUAGGUGGGGUUGUUCGGGAGGCUGCUGUGUUGGGGUACCAUGUAACUCCGUUGUUUUCGUACUAUGCUUAUCACGGACCUGUUUUCCGAGUUUUGCUCAGGUUGAAUCGUGGGAAGGUUCAUGAUAGUAGACAUUAUGGUUUUAUAGGCCAUUGCCACCAGUGUGGAAAUUCCAAUGAAUUUUCUUGGGACCAACUUGGUCAGUUCAGUUGCUCCUGCAGUGUGUCAAAGGUUUCAAACUCCCUCAAGGUAUCAGGACCUCUUUGGACAGGGCCUCUCCAUGAUGCGGCGUAUCUUACAGACAUGUUAGAUCUGGCCAAGCAGUGGGGAUGGAUUGGCUGUGAUGGUAAAGACAGUCUUGAAAAGCUUAUAAACUUGAUGGUGGAUGAAAGUGACCCCAGGUUGCCAUCUGGGUAUAUAAAGUUGGAUGAGAUGGCAAGCCGUGCGAAAAUCAAUACUCCGCCUCUGAGGAGCUUGAUGAGCGCCAUACAUGAGAAAGGUUAUGCUGCCAGCAGGUCUCACAUAAUCACAAAUGCAAUUAAAACAAAUUGCCCCAUGACGGAAUUCAUUAGUAUAGCCAAAGAACUACUGGCGGUAUCUGUCUCUUAA